AUCUUAUUUGUUUUGAUUAAUUUAUCAUCUACCAUACGAAUCGUGCUCACGAAGUCCAGACUUGUCAAUGCCGAAUCGACGCAUCUUUGGACCAAAACACUUUAGGACCUAUACAUUGGAUGAGGCCAAUUGUAAAAGUGAUUUUUUUUGAAAAGUCUGAAUCGUGACAGUGACAGAAUGGAAUUUACGUUCAUACAUUUUGAAUGCAUUUUUGAAUGCUGCCAUUUAAAAUAAAACAAUUCCUAGUUUGUUGAAGAAAAACAAUUGCCGUUUACGCCCUGCCGGUUCCGUACUGAGCCACAGCCUUUCGCAACCGGAGGAACAUUUUGGGAAGGUCUUCACGCCGCAGUACAGAUAGGCUACACACACGUCUAGUCACCAGUCAAACUGAGGGUAUUUUUCGUUUUAUUGUGGGUUUGCCGAGGCCACAACAUGGAAAGUAAAGCCAGUGGUAAAUUGGAAAAUUCAUCGAUUGCAGAUUCCGCCGACACAAGUGAAAUCGUAAGAAACUUGCCUGAGAAGUACAGAGAAAUUGUUUUUGGUCAGGAGAAGUUUUCAAAUGAGCCUCAGCCUCAGGCUAGCACUUCAUCCGCCAUGCGUAAUUUUGGGCACAUUGGCGCUUUUUGCCCAUAUCCUGGCGCAAGCAACGACAGUGCCAUGUACGAAGACUGUAUUUCGACCGAUUACACACUGGGCAAUAAAUCAUAUUAUGGCCGUGUUGACGAAUAUCUAAAAACCGACAGAGUCCCAAUGGCAGAUGUCUUUGCUAAGGUGUAUAGAGCAAAAGAGUACAUGUCAACGACUACAAAUACUCCCGAAAGUUUGCAGGGCAUGCCAUCCAUUUCAGCCACCGGUGUGUGUAAAUUCAUUAAAGACGAAGAGGAACCAUCUCUAAUUAUGGACACUCAGUGCCAUGAUUUUGAUGUAACAGAGGACCUAAACAUUCUUGAUGCCAGUUAUACAGAGAGAAAACAGCAAAUAGGAUUUGUGGAGCCGACACAUUUCCCCACCUCGGCAACAGGCGAAGACGUCCUGGACGAUGCCUCCCUACUUGCCGACUUGAAUCAGACAGAGCAGUUUGCGAUGGUACCUCAAAUAAGGAGCGACACCAGGGGUACUCUAUCCGGUAAGGGUAUGAUGCACUUUGAUACGACGAGUAGCUCACAGCCAUCCCAACAUUUGAUAAUACAUAAAGGAGAGAUUCCUAGAUGGUCGAUACAGAGUACAGAUUUCCAGUUGUGGUGCCAAUCAGCCGGCGUCGCAGAGGAGAAGCACCCAUAUGGUUAUGUAUCUCCGGACGGUAUUCACGGAGCAACAUUGCUACAAAGAUACCCUACAACCCAUAACGCGUAUUCUGGCUUACCUCCCCAAAGACUGUGUAUGAUCUGUGGGGAUGAAGCCUCUGGCUGUCAUUAUGGGGUCCUAACUUGUGGAAGCUGCAAAGUAUUCUUUAAAAGAGCAGUUGAAGGCCAUCAUAACUAUCUUUGCGCUGGUCGAAAUGACUGCAUUGUGGAUAAGAUUCGAAGAAAGAAUUGUCCUGCUUGUCGCCUUCGAAAGUGCUACCAAGCUGGAAUGAUGCUUGGAGGAAGGAAGCUGAAGCGCUUUGGGGGCUUAAAAGCCUUGGGCAUGGCCCCACCCCUGAUGUUCCAGUCUCCCAUGGCCCUGCCUGGAGACAGUCAGGCCUUGGCCUCCAUGCCCUGCAUACCAGGCCUCCGCGAGCUGCAGCUAUCCCCACAGAUUCUUAACAUCCUGGAGAACAUAGAACCAGAGGUUGUAUUCUCUGGCUUUGAUAACUCCCAGCCUGACAUGCCCCACCUUCUACUUAACAGCCUGAACCGUCUGUGUGAGAGGCAGCUGCUGUGGAUCGUCAGGUGGUCCAAGUCACUGCCAGGAUUUCGUACCCUACACAUAAACGAUCAGAUGACCCUCAUCCAGUACUCUUGGAUGAACUUGAUGGUGUUCUCUCUGGGUUGGAGGUCCUUUCAGAAUGUUACCAGCGAAUACUUGUACUUUGCGCCAGAUCUUAUCCUCAGCCAAGAUAGAAUGAGAAGAUCACCCAUCUAUGACCUUUGCUUGGCAAUGCAAUUCAUCCCCCAGGAGUUUGCAAGCCUUCAAGUGACCAGAGAGGAGUUCCUCUGUAUGAAAGCCUUGAUGCUACUCAACACUGUGCCCCUGGAGGGACUGAAAAGCCAGGCCCAGUUUGAGGAGAUGAGGCAGAACUACAUCCGAGAGUUGACAAAGGCCAUCCACAUUAAGGAGAAGGGAGUAGUGGCCAGCUCACAGCGUUUCUAUCACUUAACCAAACUAAUGGAUUCCAUGCAUGAGAUUGUUAAAAAGGUCAACCUAUAUUGCCUGAGUACCUUCAUUCAAGCAGAUGCUAUGAAGGUGGAGUUCCCAGAGAUGAUGACCGAGGUCAUUGCCUCUCAGCUCCCCAAGGUGUUGGCAGGCAUGGUCAAGCCCCUCCUUUUCCACAACAAGUGAUGGUGACAAUGACCCUUCCUCAAGUCAUGGGGCCAAGGCCUGAUGUACACGAACAGACCGGAGGGUGUGUGCGUGUGGUGGGUAAUACUCAGUUCAGUUGAAAAGUGUCUUUUAGUGUCUCUAGGUUCAUUUGUUUUUGUGAAAUAUUUAAAUCCAUCAAGACUAUUGUAACCAUGACCCAUUGCCUCUAAGUCAUUUACUGAGAUGGAGAGUUGUUAAUAGCAAAUUUUAGUUGCUGAAAGUUUGGACAGUUGUUUGAACUGUAAAGGACUUAAGUGUUUUAGGGAGUGUAGGGACUGUAGGGGGUCAGAUGGCUGAGCGGUGAGGGAGUCGGCCUAGUAGUCUGAAGGUUGCCAGUUCGAUUCCCAGCCGUGCCAAAUGACGUUGUGUCCUUGGGCAAGGCACUUCACCCUACUUGCUUUGGGGGGAAUGUCUCUGUACUUACUGUAAGUCGCUAUGGAUAAGAGCAUCUGCUAAAUGACUAAAUGUAAAUGUGUUUUGCUGCACUUGAGUUUGUUUGUAAUUGUAUUUUUUACAGCACAAGCAAAUCUUUAGUAGUGUAGAACUGGACAGAAUCAAGUAAUCAAGUCUGGAAAUUAGGUCAAUAAAAUGUUGAUUGCUAUGGCAA